CAUGCGCGCGUGCGCCGCGCUUCGUGCUGUGGGCGCGCGCGUUUCGCGCCGAGCCCGUUACUCGCUGAGGUAGUGAGGGGCGCGGCGCUCGGCGCUGUGGAAGCUCAGCCCGCGGCGGUCUGCCUGGCGGGCGAUUGAGUGUGAAGCGGUGAAGGCGGCCCCGAUAACGUUAAGGUUAGAGCCUGGCUGUGUACACAGAACAGUAUCGACCCGUUGCAGUUAUUUAUGCCCGGAGUAAAUAUUGCUUAAGGCUCAGCUGUCAGAUUGAAACCACCAGUGCUAAAUGUAAACGGAGCAGGUGAAGAAGAGCGAGCUGGAAAGCUGGACUCAGCCCGCAGUGACGCUGCGCGCAUCUCCUGGGCGCUCUUCUGUUCCCUUUUUCCUCACUCGCUCUGCGCGUGUGCGCGGCGGUGCUGAGCGCUGCAGGGGCCGCCAGGCGGCGGCUGGGAGCUCGCUUCUCCAAGCGCAGCCUGCGCGGGUUUAAGCCGCUGGAGCUCUGCGCGUCUCCUGGAGAAGCGCCUGAGGAACGGGGAGGAUGGCAUCGCUGUCUUCGCGUGGCUCCUGGCUGUGAGCGCAGCGCUUGCCUCCUAGGUGCGCUCAGGUCAAAGAUUUCCUGGUACCGCUUCCUUCCUCGUCGGGCAGGUACAGGUAAAAGCAGUUCAAUGCGGGCUUUGGGAUUUUUUCGGCACGUUCACGCAGUAUACGUGCUCUAAAUGCCCGCGGCACGGAGGAGCCCGGCUACUUCGAAUGGGAUGCAUCUGUAUAAAGGAAGAACUCUUCUAAGAUGGGUAAUAAGCAGACAAUAUUUACUGAUGAGCAGCUGGAUGCCUACCAGGAUUGCACAUUCUUCACUCGGAAGGAAAUCCUUCGGUUGCAUGGCCGGUACCAUGAAAUGGCACCAAACGUUGUGCCCAUGGACUAUACAAAGGACCCGGAUGUUAAACUACCUAUGCAGCUUAUAAUAAACAUGCCUGAGCUAAAGGAGAAUCCCUUUAAGGAAAGAAUUGUGGAAUCUUUCUCAGAAGAUGGAGAGGGGAGCCUCAGCUUCAAUGAUUUUGUGGACAUGUUCUCUGUGCUCAGUGAAAUGGCUCCCAGAGAGCUUAAAGCAAUCUAUGCCUUUAAGAUCUAUGAUUUUAACACAGAUAACUUCAUUUGUAAAGCAGACCUGGAAAAAACCCUCAAUAAGCUGACCCGAGAAGAGCUAACGGCAGAAGAAAUCACUCUAGUUUGUGAGAAAGUGAUAGAAGAAGCUGACAUGGAUGGUGAUGGGAAAUUAGGAUUUGCAGAUUUCGAAAACAUGAUUUCCAAAGCACCGGACUUUCUCAGGAAAUUGGUUUAUAAAUCAUCCGGGAAGUUUAAGCUUAUUUGAAGGCCUGAGGGCGAAACAUACUAUAGCAAUCUGAAACGGAGCUUGAGAAGAAUAUGGCAUUAGAAUCACCUGGGAGCUGCCAGACCUGGACAGAGAAACAGCAGAUGAAACAGAAAGAUGUCACUGUAGAUGUGCUGCUCUGAAGCCCUUGUGGGCCUUUCCUGCUGUAACAGUUGACAUCCUGACUCUACUCCUAUCCAAAGCUGAAGCGACAGCAACUUUGUCUCAGCAUUUUGUGCAUUUUCUAAGACCUGGUCUAAAGGGCAGAUGAUCUAGUUCCUGAAGACUAAACAAGUAACAGAUUGGCAAGAGAUUAUUAGUGAGAAAACAGAGGGAAGAAACCACUUUUAAUCAGUAUUUUCUUAUUAGUAAAAUGCUUAAUUUUCAAAGUUCAGAAUGACACUCGGAAAUACAAAAAUAAUCUUGGACUUUGCAAGAGUAACAUCAAAUUUGUCUGCCUAGUUUGACCUGCUUAGGAACACAAAUGCUGUGCAGUAGCAAAAGUGCCACUGGGAAACGUUUUGCUUUGCUGUAUAUCCAAUAAAGAAGUCAACUGGCACUUGAUUUAAUCCAGUGCUCUGCUUGGCCCUCUAAUCAAAUAAUUUCAGAAGAUGGCAGUUUCUCUUCAAAUAUGUAAAUCUUCCUGAGAGCCUGAGAGAAGGCUUGCUAUGCAGAUAACUAGUUAACAGAAAUGCCUUGUCCAACCAUGGAUUUUAACUGCCCUGGAGAAUGAGACAAUUUGCAAUGAUAAAAUGAUAAAUCUAUAUUCUGCAGUUGCCACAUGAACCAGAAAAUAAGUAGUCAUUCUUGCUUUAUUCUUUAUUCUAUUGCAGAGAGAUUUGAGGUUUCCUGUCCUAGUGUCUAGCUUUAGCUCAUUCUAAAAACUGAAGGCAUUUGCAGAUUUGAGAUCUGCACCACAAAUUUUUGUCUACAUCUUUCCUGCACUAAGUGUGAAUUUUUCUUAGGGUGUUAUCAGUAUCUCAUUGUGCAUGUACCAUGUUGUAGAAUAAACUCUUUUAUAUAAAAGAAAUAUUAUCAGUGCCUCUGAAUUUCUAGAAUUCUACCAGUGAUCAGAAUCUCUUCUCUUACACACAAAGAGAAGGCUAUUCAAAAUACAGCAUUUUUUAUUACUGACAGGCUAAUUAAACUUUAUAUGAUCAAGGAUGAUGAUUCUGACUUUACUAAGCUUGUUGUCUCAGUCUGCAACCAGAAUUCAAGUCCUUUUAAUUACAGGAUUUAAUUCAUGGUACAGUACUUUGCACAUCGGGACAGCACAUUUGAGAAGUGCUUGGAACUCAACUGCAAUAAAACAUAAACACAGUCUGUAAAAUGAUGUUGUGGAAUGAAGAACUGAAUCACAACUAUUUGGUGAAAUUGCGGAUAUGAUACUGCAAUGCUGAAAGACCAAAAAGUUACCCUGGUUUUGUUUUUAAAGUGGUAUCACCACCCUAUAUCCCCAUCGUUAUUGCAAGAUGCAAGGAAAACAUGAGUGUACAAGUAAAUGCUUUUUUUUCUUACAACGCCAGCAUUCUGGACAGAGUAAUUAUUACUCUAGGAUCCUCAACAGAAUUAUCCCUGUUAAGUCAGGAUUUCAGAAUAUUGAACUGCAUACUCAGCUCUUUUUAUGGAUCAUAGUGCAUUCCUGCUUGCCAUGUAAGUUGACCAUUUUCCAGAUAUUGACAAUUGAUGCAUCACUUGAGCAGAGGAUUUUUCUGUGGGCAGUAGAGAAGAAAAACCUUACUGGAGUUUCCUUCAGAUGUACUACAGUUGUGGGCCUACAAAAACUCCCAGUUUAGCAGCACACGGACUGGUGUUUCUGUUUGUGCUUUGCCUGUGCCUGACCAGGGGAGCGUUAUUGCCAGAACGUGGACGUGUGGCUGGAAAAAAUACUGACUGUCCAAAUCUCUGUAAAUUUACCAGCUGCUUGGUUUGGCCUUCUGCUUACUGAAUGCUGAGUCAACAUUUUGCUCUGUCAGAUACUCAUUUCCUCUGUUAGGCAGUAAGUGGCCUGGACUAAUGUUGUAAUAAAUUGCCCCAGAGACUUAAUCAGUGGCAGUUUUCUGGAAGUUUUCUCAAGUAAAUAUUGUAUUAUCAAACGUCAGAAGAAAAGUGAGAAUAUCCCCAUCGCAACAAAGCAUAAGUACAUCAAAAUGGCAGUAAUUUCCAGGUUAAAUAUUAAGUCUCUUCACUGUUAAAGUCCAGUAGCUUGGGUGCAGGCCUGAGUAUUGACUUUUGGGUCCUUGUCAAGAGUUCAACCUGUGGCUGAAUAUUAGCAUUCCUUGCAUUUGGAGUAGCUUUAUACGUAAUUUCUUACAUUAUGUGAAGAACUGUCUAAAAAAAGAUUUUUGCAGGUUGAAUGGUGUAGCUGCAUUCCAAAAGUGAUCGUGUGGUUUUAUUAUCAAUCCAUUAAUAUCCUCAUCACAAAACAUAUGACUGAAAAUUAAAAAAUGUCUCCCUGUCCAAAAGAUCUUAAGAAUUCUAGUAAAACCAGAGUUCAAAAUUAUUAGAUCUGCUUUCAAAAUGAGAAAUUCUUUAAAUGCUGUCACUCUUCAUCUUAUUAUAAUUCUAAUACCAAUUCAUUUUUUAUACUUGAUCUUCCUAAUUGUUAGACAUUCCGUAAAAAGGAGUAAAAUUUAGUAGGCUUAGGAAUGCAUUUCAUCUUGAAAUACUUCAGCAUCAAUGGAAAUGGGCUUCAGGUUUUUUUUUUUGCUUUCUCAAACGUCCUUACUAGGAGAAAGAACAGGAGAGAACAGAGAUCCAGAAUCUUUAUGGAACACCUUUCUUUACGUGUUCUAAGGAAAAUGUUGCUCGUAGUGAUAAAUGUUUGUAUCUCUCUUAAUAUUUUUGUU